UUAGGAUUGGACGGUUUGGUUAGUUAAUGUAGGACAUACGAGACCGACAAAACACGCCUUCAAUUCAUUGAACGUGUCAUGCGAUGUGGGGGUGAGAUUAUGAAACUCCCCUGUAGUUAGUCUCGUUCAUGUCGGCAUCAACUGAAUCAGCUCUGACCGCAAACCCCCAACGAGAGAGAAAUCAACAUUCAUUACAUAGCCAUCCAUGCAAUGUUGAGUCACUCGACCAUCUACUUUUCUCCGCAAAAGCCAUCCCACUUUGGUUGUGGAAAGCGACCCUUCAUAAACCGACCUCAUCUUGGGAACAUCCCAGGAAUUGUUUCGUGACACUUGUAGCCCAACAUCAUGAUAUAUUAGCCUUUCUAGAGAGAGAAUUAAACCGGAAAAAACUGCACUGGGAGCCCCCCUUGAAUACGACCGGGCACUACUGCGUCCCUUUUUCCCUUCUCUUACUUUCCAGAAUGUAUUAAUCCUCAAAUAUAUGUGCUCGUGAUUGGACUUAGCUAAGAGACGCUUGUACCCAGGACACCAGACGUUUACUGGAUCGUGCUCAACCGUGUCACACAGUGAGACGUGUCGGUCCAACAAUAGCACCUUUCUUUACCCUUUUUGUAGAGCCAUGAACCUCCACAUACAUAGGUUCUUUUUCGAAAGUGGAUGUGGGUUCAACAUCAAUUGACUUGCAGUCGGUUUUGGUCGGUCUUAGGACCAGUGGACAGUUGGGACAUCUCAAUUCCCUUUUGUCUUUCCAUUUUCAUCGCUCUUCUUUUGCUAUCUUUUCCUCUAUCUCGCCCGAACAGCUCCCUUUUUUUCCUUCUUUUGGAUUAGUUGGUGGUGGUCGGUCUCAUUAUCGGAUAAUAGGCUUUGCCUUUCUCAAUUUCCUCAUUAUAAGAUCUUCUGUUUCAAUAGCAGGUGUAAAGUUAUAGAAGCAGAAGCGUGAAGAGUGACUCACUCGGGUUACCUAAAGGAGAUCUCAGUGAAAAGAUAUGAUGAAGGCGGUAAUUGCAUUUCUGAGGUCUUUUUUUAAGAGACCCAAAGUACAUGCAAUGUCCACACCUAAGAGCGAGGAGAAUGGUGGGGGUAAUCAUCCGAUAGCUCCUGACAACAAAGCGGCGUAUUCGUCCUGGAUGAAGCAACACCCAUCAGCAUUGAUCAUGUUUAAAAAGAUGAUGGAAGCGGCAAAGGGCAAGAGGAUCGUCGUGUUUUUGGAUUACGACGGCACCCUCUCUCCCAUUGUAAAUGACCCUGACCGCGCAUUUAUGACCAAUAAGAUGCGCGGUGCUGUAUGUGAUGUUUCAAAGCGUUUCCCAACUGCUAUUAUUAGUGGAAGGAGUAGAGACAAGGUGAAACAGUUUGUAAACUUAGAUAAUGUUUACUAUGCCGGAAGCCAUGGAAUGGACAUAAUGGCUCCAACAAGGCCACUAACAUCUGGUGGAAAGCACCGUCCCCAGCUCAAUCGAAAGGGAAAUGAAGGUUCGUUCCAACCAGCAAAGAAGUUCCUGCCCGCAAUUCAAGAGAUAUUCACCGCAUUAGAGGAAAGCACCAGUAAAAUAAAGGGUGCCCGGCUCGAGGAUAACAGAUUUUGCGUCUCCGUGCACUUUCGUCAAGUCAGUAAAGAGGAUUACGACAUAUUGGAGGAGAAAGUGAAAUCUGUAUUAGAGAACUACCCGGAUUUUCGUUUAACUAGGGGAAGAAAGGUCAUGGAAAUUCGACCGUGUAUAGAGUGGAACAAGGGACAUGCUCUGGAGUAUUUACUCGAGAAUUUAGGACUCAGCAAUUCUGGAGACGUCCUUCCAUUAUACAUAGGAGAUGACCGAACUGACGAAGACGCUUUCAAGGUAAUAGAGAGAAGGGGACAAGGUAUUUCCAUUGUCGUCUCUUCGGUACCUAAGGAUACGAAGGCUCAUUACUCUCUAAAGGAUCCGACAGAAGUAUAUAAGUUUUUGUCGGACCUUGCCACAUCGAUGACUGAGUGAAGGCUACUUUUUGUCUAUGUAAAUGACAGAAGUUGCAGACGGAAGGGGACAGUUUAUAAGAUAAGAGGAUUUCACCGUUCAUUUGUUCUUUCAUAUUUUGACUCGAGAACCACAAUUCCUGUGGCUGUGGUUUUGUCAGUCAUGUAAAAAGUCGAGACACAGGACGUUAGUAAUGCUAUGCUCCUAUUGCCUCAACUUUUCUCACGUUGAAGGUCGCAUGAAUUUGGCUUUUUUAGGUCUUCAUUUGCUUGUAUUGGGAAUAAAGGAAACUUCCUACUUCCGGGACAUGAAUGUAAAAUCCCUUGCA